AUGUCCAGAGAGGAAGAACGCUUCAUGACUAAGCUGCGAGGAACCACCGCCUACACUGGAGAACGAUAUCAGGUUCGCUUACCGCUGAAGGAUCAACUUCCAGCAGUUCCAGAGAGCAGACCAAUGGCUGAACGUAGAUUAUCUGCAGUGUUGAAACGAAUGAAAAGAGACAAGAACUAUGCGACUGCUUAUCAGAGCCAGAUGAAUGACCUUAAGAAAAAGAGAUACAUCGAACGUGUUCCAGAGAAUGAACUUGAUGUAAAAAUCAGAUGGUAUCUACCACAUCAUGGUGUAAUCAGCGAGAGAAAGCAGUCCAAGUUGCGAAUCGUGUUUGAUGGUUCAGCUGAAAUUGAUGGAAUUUCAAUCAACAACCUGUUGAUGAAAGGGCCAGACCUGACAAACAGGCUAGACGGAGUACUACUAAGGUUCAGAGAGUACCCAGUUGCCGUUAGCAGUGACAUUCAAGCCAUGUUCCACCAGAUACAAGUACCGCCAGAAGAUCGAAAUUGCUACCGAUUUUUAUGGGUCGAUGACCAAGGCCAGAUUGAAGAUUGGAGGUGGACAGUACAUCCUUUCGGAUCGAAACCUUCACCAGCCAUAGCAUGCCAUGCGUUGAACCACGGGUUGGAAGAACAGGCUGAUGACAGAACAAGAGAGAGUUGUAUUGCUGCUAAACAGACAUUUUACGUUGAUGAUCAUCUCGACAGCUUCAUAGACACUGAAAGGGCAGUAAAACACGUUAAAUGUGUUGACGAGACAUGCCAACGCUCAGGAUUCCUGUUGAGAAAAUAUGCCAGUAAUCAUCCAGAGAUCAUCAACUGUAUACCGCAGGAUCGCCACGUUGAAAUUGGGAGUGAAAUUAGCCUAACAGAAGAUUGUAAAGAGAUGCCAACACUUGGUAUGAACUGGAAGCCUGAGAGUGACAAGUUGACUUACCGAGCUCCAGAUCUUAAGGAAGUUAAAACCAGACCCGAGCUUUUGUCAAACAUGACGAAGCUGUUUGAUUUUUUGGGGUUGGUGUCACCAUGGAUACUCAACUGUAGAUUAAUUGUACAGAACCUGUCAAGGCUGAAGCUAAAUUCGGAUGACCCUGUACCAGAAGAUGAACUUCGAAAGUGGAUCAACUGGAGAGAUGGAACUCAUGCAGUCACGGAGAUAGAGUUUGAGAGAUGUGUGACCACUUAUACACCUGGACCACACGAUGAACAUCAGCUACACGUGUUCGGCGAUGCAUCCGAAAGAGCACAUGGUGUAGCAGCUUACAUUAGCACCCAGAGUGAGGAUGAGAUUGACUCCAAGCUGAUCUACGCUAGAUCCAGAGUAAAUCCGCAAAAUUAA